CCUGAUCCACAAACUAGCAAAGUCCACUCCCUGUUGCUCUUCCUUCUUAAACCUGCACCGCAAAACCACACAGCAAAACACAGCCACUGCUGUGUUUACAGCCGCGUGAACGCUCGUGGUUAAAAUGAUCUUCAGCUAAACUGAAGCUGGAUUUUGUUGCUGUCUUUGACUUUUUGGCGAACAUUAAAUACAUGCCUUGGAUCUCUUUUUUGGCAAAAUGCAGACGCAGCUCGUCGGUAUGUGUUUGGCAAUCAUCGGCUUUCUUGGCACCAUCCUUAUCUGUGGACUGCCUAUGUGGAAGGUGACCGCCUUUGUUGGGGCCAGCAUCAUCACCUCUCAGGUCUUCUGGGAAGGUUUGUGGAUGAAUUGUGUGAUCCAGAGUACGGGUCAAUCGCAGUGUAAGGCCUACGACUCCGUUCUGGCUCUACCACAGGAUCUGCAGGCUUCCAGGGCUCUGAUCUGCGUCUCCAUUGCUGUCAGCGUGGUGGCCAUAGGGCUCACUGUGGUCGGAGCCCGCUGCACCAACUUCUUUUCAAGGGACUGGCUGGCCAAAGCUAAUAUUGGCCUGGCUGGAGGUUUGGUGUUUGUUUUAGCAGGGCUCCUGUGCAUUAUUCCGGUCAGCUUGUCAGCUUCCAACAUCAUCACAGGUUUCUACAACCCCCUGCCCACCUCGGAGAGGAGGGGAGAGCUCGGGGCUUCCAUAUAUGUGGGCUGGGCGUCUGGAGCUCUGCUCAUCAUUGGAGGAGGGGUGUUGUGUAGCACUUACCGAUGCUGAGGAUGAGGAGGAGAGUAUCGGCUACAAGACACGUCGACACCAUGCGACCAUUUGAGACUGUGCAGUAAUGUGUUUACUGUGAUGGACUUUGUUUUUGAUUACAGCUUCUUUUUCAACAUUUAUUUCAACCUUAGCUAAAUGCACUGUAUUGACAUUUUACAACUACAGUAAUCCAUGUAAAAUAUGAAAUAGUGAAGUGAAGUGUAUGUAAAUUGCACGACCAGGACAUACUGUUCUUUUUAAAGUGAAGGAUGAUAAAAUGAAGUUUGGUUGAGCCAAUAGUUGUAAAAUGUGCUA